AUGCAUUUCUUUUCUUAUAGCCUGUUAUAUGCCUUUUUUCUUGUUGACAAAAACGAAUCAAUUAAUGCUUUUUCUCUAUUUUUCUUUUCUUUUAAUUUUCCUUCUUCUCAUUCCCCCCUCUCUUUUAAUUUUUCUUCUUCUCAUUCCCCCCUCUCUUUUAAUUUUCCUUCUUCUCAUUCCCCCCUCUCUUUUAAUUUUCUUUCUUCUCAUUCCCCCCUCUUUUUUAAUUUUCUUUCUUCUCAUUCCCCCCUCUCUUUUAAUUUUCCUUCUUCUCAUUCCCCCUCUCUUUUAAUUUUCCUUCUUCUCAUUCCCCCCUCUCUUUUCCUUCUUUUUCUUUUCUCCUUUAUCUUAUUUCUCUUCUUUUGUCUUCUUUUCUCUCCUCUGUGUACAUCAUGCUCAUUUUUCUACUCCUUUCUCUUCUAUUCUCCUCUUCCUUUUCUUCUCUCUUGUCCAUUUUUCUCUCUCCUCUGUCUCAUUUCACUUCUCCCUUCCCUCUCCUUCAUCUCAUAUUCAUUAUUUCUCUUCCUCUCAGUCUCUGUCUCUCUGAUUUCUAUUCUUCUCUUUCUUUGUGUCCACUUCUUGUUCUUUUCUUUUUCUCUCCUCUACCUUCUCCUCAUUUCUCUUUCUUCUCUUUAUCAUUUCUAUACAUCCGCUUUUCCUUUUCUUCUCUCUCCUCCACAUCAUUUUCAUUUCUCUCUUCUCUCAUUUGAAUUUCUCUCUGCUGCAUCUCGUGUUUCAUUUUGUUCUACUCUUUCUCAUUUCUCCUCCUUUUUUCUAUCUCAUUUUUCUUCAUCCCUUCUCUUUUUCUUCUUCUUUUUUUGUUUCUUCCUUCCUUUUUCAAUCUCAUCUUUCAUUCUUCUUAAUCCCUUCCCUCUUAACAAUCUUCUCUACUUCCUUUUUUUCAUGUUUCUUCUUUUUCUCUGA